AAGGAGAUCACUGUUAAGUUUACUACAAAGAUGUCCUCCAUGCUAGCUACUAUGUCGGAGCUGGUCAACAAAAUGACCAUAUUCUAAAGAUUGCACUUUAUCUCAGCACUAAUAUCGUUCUUGCUGUGUACGAGCCUCCCACAGACUUUAGAAAAAUGCAACUGAAGCAUCUUAAGACUCUGUUAACACCCCAGGAGGGUGCUGCCAAAGUGACGUGCAUGGCCUGGGCACCCAACAACACCAAGUUCGCUGUCUGCACUGUUGACAGAGUGGUGCUUCUCUAUGAUGAGCAGGGAGAGAGGAGAGACAAGUUCUCCACCAAACCCUUAGAUUCCAAGUAUGGAAAACAGAGCUAUGUUGUCAAUGACAUGGCCUUCUCACCGGACUCCACCAAAAUCGCCAUCGGCCAGUCAGACAACAUCAUCUUUGUCUACAGAAUUGGAGAGGAAUGGGGGGACAAGAAAGCCAUUUGCAACAAAUUUGUUCAGACGAGCGCUGUAACUUGCUUGCUUUGGCCUGCAGAGCAUGCAAUUGUUUAUGGAUUAGUGGAUGGCAAGGUUCGCCUCGCCAAUACUCAGACAAACAAGUCAUCAACCAUCUACGGCACUGAGUCCUGUGUCGUCUCACUGGCAUCCAAUGUUUCUGGUAAAGGCAUCCUGUCUGGCCACGCUGAUGGGACAGUCGUGCGUUACUUCUUUGGUGACGAGGGGUCAGGGGAGUCUCAGGGUAAGCUGUUGAUGCACCCAUGCCCACCCUAUGCUCUGGCCUGGGGUGCAAACAGCAUCAUGGUGGGUGGCUGUGACAAGAAGGUGGUGGCCUACGGCAGAGAGGGUCACAUUCUGCAGACCUUUGAGUACAGCCGCGACCGCACUGAGAGGGAGUUUACCGUGGCUGCCACCAGCCCCAGCGGGCAGUCGGUUGUGUUUGGGAGUUAUGACCGGUUGCGGGUGUUUAACUGGGCUCCCAGGAGAGGUGUGUGGGAUGAAGCCAAGCCCAAAGAGAUUCUCAACCUCUACACCAUCACCAGUUUGGCCUGGAAGAAAGAUGGCUCACGCCUCUGUGCUGGAACACUGUGUGGGGGAGUGGAGCUGUUCGAUUGCUGCUUGCGGAGAGCCAUCUAUAAGAACAAGUUUGAGAUGACCUACGUUGGCCUGAGCCAGGUGAUAGUGAGGAACCUCUCUUCAGGAACACGGGUGGUCCUGAAGUCCUAUUACGGUUAUGAGAUAGAAGAAGUCAAAAUCAUGGGCAAAGAUCGCUACCUGGUGGCUCACACCUCCGACACUCUUCUGCUGGGAGACCUGCUGACCAAUAAAUUGAGCGAGGUGCCGUGGCCCGGCUCAGGGGGAAAUGAAAAGUUCUUCUUUGAAAAUGAAUCAGUGUGUAUGAUUUUUAAUGCCGGGGAGCUGAGCCUGGUGGAAUACAGUAACAAUGAGAUCCUGGGAUCAGUCAGAACUGAAUUUAUGAACCCUCACCUCAUCAGUGUGCGACUAAAUGAGAGGAAGCAGAGAGGAGUUGAAGACAACAAGAAGCUGGCAUACCUGAUUGAUAUGAAGACCAUUUGUAUUGUGGACUUGGCUGGGGGCUACAAUCUGGGAACCAUCAGCCAGAACUCCAAGAUUGACUGGCUGGAGCUCAAUGAAACCGGACGCAAACUGCUGUUCAGGGACAAGAAGCUGCGGCUCCAUCUGUAUGACAUAGAGACCGGUGUAAAAAACACUUUGCUGAGUUUCUGUUCCUACGUCCAGUGGGUUCCUGGCAGUGACGUGGUGGUCGCCCAAAACAGGGGAAACCUCUGCAUCUGGUACAGUAUCGACAGCCCAGAGAGCAUCACCAUGUUCCCGAUCAAGGGAGACAUUGUGGAUCUAGAGAGAGGUGAUGGGAAGACGGAUGUGAUUGUGACAGAGGGCGUCAACACUGUGACGUACACACUGGACGAAGGCCUCAUUGAGUUCGGUACAGCCAUUGAUGAUGGAGAUUAUGACAGAGCCACAGCAUUCCUUGAGACUCUGGAGAUGUCACCAGAGACCGAAGCCAUGUGGAAGACGCUCAGCAAGCUGGCUCUGGAGGCUCACCAGCUGCACAUCGCAGAAAGGUGUUUCGCUGCAUUGGGUGAUGUCUCAACUGUGCGUUUCCUCCAUCAAACGAACCAGAUUGCUGACAAAGUUUCACAGGAAAUGGGAGGAGAUGGAACAGAGUUUUUUCAAGUACAAGCCCACGUGGCGAUGCUGGAUAAGAAUUUUAAACUGGCUGAGAUGCACUACAUGGAGCAGAAUUCCAUUGAUGAAGCGAUAGAGAUGUACCAAGAGCUCCACAUGUGGGACGACUGCAUCGCUGUGGCUGAGGCCAAGGGCCACCCAGAGCUGGACAACCUGCGAGGGAAUUAUUACCAGUGGUUAACUGAGACUGGUCAGGACGAGAAGGCCGGUGAGGUGAAGGAGAGCGAGGGAGACUUCCAGGGUGCCAUCAACCUCUACCUGAAGGCCGGACUGCCCGCUAAAGCCGCCCGACUUGCCAUCAGCCGGACAGAGAUCACCAGCAACAGCGACACCGUCAGCCGCAUCGCUGCCAGUCUCAUCAAAGGAGAGUUUUAUGAAAGGGCAGGAGAUCUGUAUGAGAGGAUCAGAAACAACCAGAGAGCACUGGAAUGCUUCUGCAAAGGAGGUGCCUUCAGGAAAGCGGUGGAGCUGGCUCGACUUGCCUUCCCUGCUGAGGUGGUGAAACUGGAGGAGGCCUGGGGAGACUACCUCGUCCAGCAGAAACAGAUGGACGCCGCUAUCAACCACUUCAUUGAAGCAGGCUGCUCGCUGAAAGCCAUCGAGGCGGCCAUCGCAGCCCGUCAGUGGAAGAAAGCCGUCCAUAUCCUGGAGUUACAGGAGGAUUCAUCAGCAGGGAAAUACUACGUGAAGAUAGCACAGUAUUACGCCUCCAUGCAGGAGUAUGAGGUGGCAGAGCAACUGUUUGUGAAGGGAGGCCACAUCAAAGAUGCUAUAGACAUGUACACCACAGUGGGACGCUGGGAGGAGGCUCAUAAGUUGGCAGUGGAGUGUAUGACAGAGGAGGAGGUUAUGGCUCUGUACAUCAGCAGAGCUCAGGAGCUGGAGAGAGACGGGAAAUUCAAGGAGGCUGAGAGGCUGUUUGCUACAGUGAAGCAGUCUGACCUCGCCAUAACCAUGUACAAGAAGAACCGCAUGUUUGAUGAUGUUAUUCGCCUGGUGGCCAAACAUCACCCUGACUUGCUGACAGAGACCCACCUGCACCUCGCCAAGGAGUUGGAGGCUGACUCCAGGUUUUCAGAGGCAGAGUACCACUUCAUGGAGGCUGAAGAGUGGAAAGCUGCUGUCCACAUGUACAGAGUCAAUGAUAUGUGGGAGGAUGCAUACAGGGUGGCGAAGAGCCAUGGGGGUGCUGGUGCCCAGAAGCAGGUGGCCUACCUGUGGGCUCGGAGCCUGGGAGGAGAGGCGGCCGUCAAGCUGCUCAACAAGUUCGGCCUCCUUGAACAUGCCAUUGAGUUUGCUUCAAAUAACUUCUCAUUCGACUUUGCCUUUGAAUUGGCUCGUCUUGCGUGUAAGGAGAAGAUUCCUGAUAUCCACCUCAAACAUGCCAUGUACCUGGAAGAUGAGGGAAAGUUUCCUGAGGCCGAGGUGGAGUUCAUCAAAGCUGGAAAACCCAAAGAAGCUGUGUGCAUGUAUGUCCACAACAAGGACUGGGCCAGUGCGCAGCGGGUGGCUGAGGGCCAUGAUCCAGAGAGCGUGUCUGAGAUCCUGGUUGGCCAAGCCAACUUCUGCUUUGAACAGAAAGAUUUCCAGAAGGCUGAAGCCUUCCUGCUACGAGCCCAGAGACCCGAACUUGCUGUCCAGUUUUACAAGAAUGCAGAUAUGUGGAGCGAUGCCAUGCGUAUCUGUAAGGAGUAUCUCCCCAACAAGCUCUCCAUGCUCCAAGAGGAGUUCGAGAAAGAAACCUCCAAGAAGGGAGUCAGGGGAGUGGAGGGUCUGCUAGAACAGGCCAGGGAGUGGGAGCAGUCAGGUGAACAUUCCCGGGCCGUGGAGUGUUACCUGAAGGUGAAGGACGACUCCAACAGUGCCCUGAUGGAGAAGUGCUGGAUGAAGGCAGCAGAGUUAUCCAUCAAGUUCCUCAGUGAAGAUCGAGCAGUGGAGGUGAUCCAGGCGGUCGGACCACGACUCACACAGCUGAGAAAGUACAACGCUGCUGCUGAUCUCUACCUUAAUAUGAACCUCAUUAAAGAGGCAAUCGAUGUUUUUAUUGAGGGUGAAGAGUGGAACAAAGCCAAGAGAGUCGCCAAGGAGAUGGAGCCGAGGUACGAGGACUAUGUGGACCACAAAUACAAGGAGCACCUGAAGAACCAAGGCAAAGUUGACUCUCUGGUGGGCGUGGACGUCAUGGCAGCUCUGGACAUGUACGCAGAAAGAGGCCAGUGGGCGAAAUGUCUGGACACCGCUUCUAAACAGAACUUUAAGAUCCUUCAUAAGUACGUCGCUCUGUACGCUACACACCUCAUCAAGGAGGAGGACGCUCUGAAGGCUCUGCAGCUCUACAUACAACACGGAGUUCCACCCAACCCUCAGAACUUUAACAUCUACAAGCGCUUGUUCCUGGACCUGAUUAACCUGCCCGACACUGAUGGACCAGAGUCUUACCGGAUGUGGGCCGACCUCCGCGACUUCAUGCUGCAGCUGUGUGAGAACAUUUCCAGGUCGGCCGAAGCCAACUCUCCAGCUCAUGAAGACUUUGAGCAGAUACUGUUGAUCGCUCACUAUUACGCCACACGUUCUGCCGCAAAGGGAGUCACGCAGCUGGCCAGUCUUCCAGCCAAGCUGUCGGUGUCUCUGCUUCGUCACACUGAGCUCGUUCCUGCAGACAAGGCUUUCUAUGAGGCUGGUUUGGCCUGCAGGGAUGCUGGCUGGGAGAACAUGGCCUUCGUCUUCCUCAACCACUUCCUGGAUCUCUGUGAUGCGGUUGACGAGGGGACAAUGGAUGGUCUGGACCACUCUGACUUCCUGGACACAGACAUUCCCUUUGACGUUCCACUUCCCACCAAACUCUGCAUCACUGACACCCAACGUGAGCAGAUCCGUGACUGGGUGCUGAUGGUGUCCAUGAACAAUCGGUUGGAGCAGGUUCUGCCACGUGACGAGAGAAACACGUACGAGGCUUCGCUUGUGGCCGUCAACACCGGCCUCCGCUCUCUGCCCUGUAUCCUCACCGGCUACCCUGUGCUGAGGGAUAAGAUCGAGUUCUCGUCUGUGGGGAAAGCAGCCAACAAGAAAGAAUGGAACAACUUCCUGUUGGCCACAAAGACCACUCACAGUCCAGAGUGCCAGGACGUCCUCAAGUUUAUCAGCCUGUGGUGUGGCGGCCUGCCGGCAUCUGGGUUCUCUUUCCACUGAGACACGCAUACACACAUUUUUGCUAUUUCCUGUUUUACAUUCUUCCAUGUUUGCUGCAAGAUUUUAAAUACUUCAUCCAUCUGUGCUCUUCUUUCUCUUCACGUCUGCUCUGUUGUUCUCGCGCCCAAAAACUCUUGCUUUCAUGGCGGUCAAAAUGCUGUUUCAAAUCCCUCUCUGCUCCUACUGUGGAAAUUAUUUUUUAAGUAAUUUUAAGCUAAAAAAAAGAAAAGAAAUAAAAGUCACUACUUUCUUAAAUGAGUGUUAAAACAUUAGCCUGGAUGUGACCCUGAUCCCUCUUAUACUUCCUUAUCUCUCGGGUCUGUCUUUGACUCUCAGUCCCGAGCCCACUGCUUCCUGCUGAAGAUGCAAAUCUAAAAAAACAGAUCACAAAUAUAUAGUUUAAUUUAUUAAAUAAGAUCCGGUAAUUUCCAAAAACAGCGGGUCAGUGUAGUUUUUAACAGACGUCACUCAAACAGGAGGAAACAGUGCCUUUGUUGGGGACUAUUUUCAGCGGUGGAUGAAUCCACAUUUGAUGCGUGAGUUUUUGUGGCAGCAGGACGGUGUGUGUGGGAUUGAGUCAAAAUAAACAACAGUGUGUGUGUGGUCAUGGUGUAAUGACGGAACAUCACUGAUGUGGUUUUAAUAGUUUAUGGACCACAGUGGAGGUUUUCUCUUCGCAUCAUCAAUAUGAGGAUGACGGGACACAAAAACCUCCCACUGACUUCCUGUGCUUUCACUUUAUUUUUGUCCUCGGACUGGUCAGUUUAUCCUGAGCCGUUGCCAUGGAAACACAUUCCUCCACUCUCCUGUACCAUCAGUCUUUUCCUCUCCUCUUUGUCUCUCAUCAGACGGACUUUGUCUCAGGAUGGCAUCGCUGAAUAAAAGCCAAAGGAUUCUUUCUGUCACAUUUUAAGAAAGUAGUUUCUAUUCCAGCAGAAGUUACGAUAUGACGACUGAUACUUAAUGUCUGAUAUGAGCUGUUUUCUGUGUGUGUGUGUGUGUGUGUGUGUGUGUGUGUGUGUGUUUCGGAUCUUCAGAUGCCAGUAUCUCUGGCAAUGCCUUUACUGUGUGUUUGAUAUGAAGUGUAUAUUUGU